AUGAUUCUUGAUAUUUUAUUGUUGACAUUUUUAACCUUGUCUGGGAUACCGAUGGGGUUGAAGAAGCAGCGAAAAAGAGAAACCAUGAACAGCAUCGUCCAGUGCUUCGAGUACCGCAGAUCCACUCAGGAACUGCUUGACUUUUUGAGAUAUGAUGGACCCUGCCCAAGUUCUGUUUUUUCUCUCGGAAGGAUCAGCAACGAAAAGCUGGUACAACUCAUACAAACGACCCUAGCGCUUAAACAAGAGUUCAUCGAAAACUGCGGAUCUGCUACAGUUAGCACAAAGCUGUUUGACUUGGCUAAUGAACAAUUGAAACUCAUAAACCGGCUCUCCGAGGGGGAAACAGUGUGGAUUACCGCGCCUUUACAUGCAAGCGCCGCGCAGCUGCUGCGAGUAGGAACGCAGCUCGACAAGAAGGCAUCAGAACGAAGAGAUCUCGAUAAGAGGAAAAAGAAGAAACUCAGAGGAGAUCUCGACGAAGAGCGGUUUCUGGAAAAGUGCGUGCGCACGAUUCACACAAGCUUUAAGCUGUGUCUUAAUGACAGAAACCCAAAUACACACGAUAACAAAAAAUGGGGCGUGUACUUCUUCACCAACCUGGAGCUGAGCAUCUACAAAAGACUACAAAAUCGAGACAUGGUGCGAAACCUUGUGAAAGUGCUCGAAAGCCGGGCUCAGGAGCUACCCACGCCAGAAAACGCGCUGCAGUCUCACAAAGCACAGCUAGUGACGUACUACUACUAUAUGGCCGAGUUCUACGGGUGUCAGGACAGCAACUUUGCCCGCGGGUUCGAGUUCGCGCGCAAAGCGUGGCUGAACUCGCGUCGCGAGGGCGGCUCCCAGGAGGACAUGAUUGUGAUGCUGCUGAUCCCCUUUGCCAUGCUGGCGCACAAGUGGUACCCCGACGCCCAAGUACUGGCUGCACGCCAUCCCCGUGUUGCGCGCCUAUACGCGCCUGUGAUCCAAUGCUUGCGCAACGGCGAUCUGAAGAGUUUUGAGACCUGGCUGGAGCAGAAUGAAGCCGCUAUGCUGCGCCGCAACCUCUACGUUGCCCUAGUUCUGGUGCGAGAGCUAGUGCUCCUCAAGCUGCUAAAGCUCAGCUUCCGCUUCUAUGGCUCGCGCUCCAUUGUGCCUCUAAAGCUCGUCACCACCGCGCUACUUAAGAGCAGAACCCACAAAGGUGUCAAAAACAUCACAGACGAGCAGCUGGACGAGACAGAGUGUGUGCUGGCCAACCUAAUCAGUAAGGACUACAUCAAAGGGUAUCUGUCGCACUCGAACCGUGCCCUCGUGGUAAGCAAGACCAAUGCCUUCCCGCGCCUGGUUCACUCCGGCACGUGA